AUGAAGUUUUACAUCGACGAUCUGCCGGUUCUGUUUCCCUAUCCAAAGAUAUAUCCAGAGCAAUACAAGUAUAUGUGUGAUAUCAAAAAAACUCUAGAUGCUGGGGGAAAUAGUAUCUUAGAAAUGCCUUCAGGGACCGGUAAAACCGUUUCCUUAUUGUCUCUGACAAUUGCGUAUCAACUGCAUUAUCCUGAGCAUAGAAAGAUCAUUUAUUGUUCUCGUACCAUGUCCGAGAUCGAAAAGGCACUUGUGGAAUUAGAAAAUCUGAUGGAUUAUAGAAGUCGAGAACUAGGAGUACAUGAGGAUUUUAGAGGACUUGGUCUUACUUCAAGAAAGAAUCUUUGUUUGCAUCCAAUCGUUAGUAAAGAAAGGAAAGGUACAGUUGUUGACGAAAAAUGUCGUCGUAUGACAAAUGGUCAAGCCAAGCAAAAAUUAGAGACCGAUCCAGACUCUAAAGUUGAGCUUUGUGAGUACCAUGAGAAUUUGUACAAUAUUGAGGUGGAAGAUUAUCUGCCCAAGGGGGUGUAUUCGUUUGAGCGACUAAUUAAAUACUGUGAGGAAAGAAAACUGUGUCCAUAUUUUAUUGUUCGUCGUAUGAUUUCGCUUUGCAAUAUCAUUAUCUAUUCUUACCAUUAUCUACUGGAUCCAAAGAUUGCUGAAAGAGUCUCCAGGGAAAUGUCAAAGGACGGUAUUGUCAUUUUUGAUGAGGCGCAUAAUAUUGAUAAUGUCUGCAUUGAAUCGCUGUCGCUGGACUUGACAAAUGAUGUACUGAAACGAGCUACGAAGGGAGCCAAUGCUUUAGAAAAUAGGAUAGAAGAAGUUCGCAGAGUCGAUGCGCAAAAGUUGCAGGAUGAGUACGACAAGCUGGUUCAAGGCUUACAUACCGCCGAAAUUCUAGAGCCAGAAGAAGAGUCAGCAUUAGAGACCCCGGUUUUAUCUCAAGAUUUGCUGACCGAAGCAAUACCGGGAAAUAUUAGACGAGCUGAACAUUUUGUGUCAUUUCUCAAGCGUCUGAUCGAGUAUCUUAAAACUAGGAUGAAAGUUUUGCAUGUUAUUUCAGAAACACCAAAAUCAUUCCUUCAGCAUUUAAAACAACUCACAUUCAUUGACAGGAAACCUCUUAGAUUUUGCUCGGAACGUCUGUCAUUGUUGGUAAGGACACUGGAAGUGUCUGAAAUUGAAGACUUCAUGGCAUUAAAGGAUAUCGCCACGUUCGCGACCUUAAUAUCAACUUAUGAAACUGGUUUUUUACUGAUUAUUGAGCCAUAUGAAAUUGAAAACGCAGCCGUGCCGAAUCCCAUCAUGCGAUUUACAUGUCUGGACGCAUCUAUUGCAAUCAAGCCAGUUUUUGAGAGGUUUUCUUCCGUGAUUAUCACAUCAGGUACUAUAUCUCCCUUAGACAUGUACCCACGAAUGCUAAACUUCAACACUGUACUCCAAAAAUCCUACGCAAUGACUCUAGCGAAAAAGUCGUUUUUGCCAAUGAUUGUCACCAAGGGUUCCGAUCAAGUGGCAAUUUCCUCCAGAUUUGAGAUCAGGAACGAUCCUAGUAUUGUUCGUAAUUAUGGGUCAAUGCUAGUAGAGUUUUCCAAGAUAACACCUGAUGGGAUGGUAGUGUUUUUUCCAUCGUAUCUCUAUAUGGAGAGUAUCAUUUCAAUGUGGCAGACUAUGGGUAUUCUAGACGAGGUUUGGAAACACAAAUUAAUUCUAGUCGAAACUCCAGAUGCUCAAGAAACUUCUCUGGCUUUGGAGACCUAUAGAAAAGCGUGCUCAAAUGGUAGAGGUGCCAUUCUUUUAUCUGUUGCUCGUGGUAAAGUUUCGGAAGGUAUCGAUUUUGAUCAUCAUUAUGGUAGAACGGUUCUCAUGAUUGGUAUUCCAUUUCAAUACACAGAAUCUAGAAUUCUAAAAGCACGUCUAGAAUUCUUGAGAGAGAAUUAUCAAAUUCGAGAGAACGACUUUUUAUCGUUUGACGCAAUGAGACAUGCUGCACAAUGUUUGGGUAGAGUGCUAAGAGGUAAAGACGAUUACGGAGUUAUGGUUUUAGCGGACCGUAGAUUUUCACGGAAGAGGAAUCAGCUGCCUAAAUGGAUAUCUCAGGGCCUUUCCGAUGCAGAUUUAAAUCUUUCAACAGAUAUGGCGAUUGCUAAUGCCAAGCAGUUUCUAAGAACAAUGGCGCAACCUACCGAUCCCAAAGAUCAAGAAGGGGUAUCGGUCUGGAGGUAUGAGGAGCUACUACAAUAUCAAGAAGAGGAGAAAAGUAAAAAAGGAUAUCAGAACGGAAAUGGUACAGUCGUCAACGAACUAGAUGUUGACAUUGAAAUGAAUUGA